UUUAAUGAAUUUGUUUUGCCAAACAAAAACAAUUAUAAUUUUUAGAAUAGCACCGAGAAUUAAAAUAUGCACUUUAAGGGGUCGUAAUGAUGGGAAGAUUUAUUGGCCAGGAAGUGGAAUUCGAACGAAAAAAGAAAUUGAGGAAGAAGCAAAAUGUUUGCGUGAUAAAAAAUGGCCUGAAGAACAUCCUUUUAAAUAUACAAUUUUUGGAUCGAGAAGUGUUUCAGCUGAAACUUUGCAGCAUUAUAGUGACAGAAAAUCUGGAAAAGGAUAUGUUGAUUUUGCUCAUACUCAUUAUGCAAAUCGUCCAUUUAUAAAAACUGCCUUUCGUCAAAUGUUACCCUAUUAUCUUAUUCCACUAAAUAUUUUGUUGGUUUUCUUUCUUGUUGACUUUAAUUGGUUUUGGCACAAUGGUCGAAGAAUGUAUGACAAAUAUUUUAAAACAGAAGCUGCAGAAGAAAAAGAAAAUGAAAAUAUUAACGGAGAGAAUAUUAAUCAACCAAAAAUUUUACCUUUUGAGGAUGAUAACGAGUUAUUUGUUGCAGUUAAUGAAAAAGCUGAUGAAUGUUCAAUUGUUGGAAAGAAAAAAAAGAAAAAAAUUGGUUUUAGAGAAAGAAGAAUAAUUCAUUAUGAGGACCGUCUUCGUGCAUAUUCCUCUCCGGAUAAAAUUUUUCGUUAUUUUGCCACAAUUAAAUUAAUUAAUGAAGAUGGCACUUUUGAUAUUUUUAUGACACCUGAAGAUUUUGUCCGCUCAUUAACACCAGGAGUAAUGCAGCCAAGAAAAUAUGGAUUAGAUAAAUAUAAAAUAAUUAAUACAAAUGAGGUUAAAAAAUUUAAAUUAAAAAAAUAA